UUUCGAAAUUUAAUAUUUUAUUUUCUUUAAUAUCAAAAAAUAUAUAGUUUAUAUUUUAUUUAUUUUUUGAAAUUUUCGAAAUUUUAAUAUAUAAAAUUUUAAUUUUUUUUUUAAAUUUUCGAAAUUUAAUAUAUUAUUUUUUUUGUAUCAAAAAAUAUAUAUAUUAAAAUGUCGAGAGAGUCUGGUAGAAGGUCCGUGGAUAUGGGCGCCAUGAACCGAAGUUUGAGGAAAGGCAAAGCUAAAGCCACCUCCGACGGUGUGACCUCACGCGGUUCUCGAGGAAGACACUCCGUCUCUUCCUUUCCUACUAUCCCCGAUCAAUUCAUCGGGGACGGUAUGACGGAUGAAGAAUUCGACCAAAUUUAUUCUGGUAGACGGGACCCGAAUCUCCCCACUCUUGAUAGUCUAUUCGAAAAUGUUGAUGAAGCAAGACUGGAUAAUCUGGACAGGGACGAGGAGCCUACACCACACAGCAACGACGUCGACGUGGAGGCAGUAAUGGACAUGUGCGCGGCCAUGUCGAUAGCCUCAGCAGAGCAUAGUACGGUGUAUGUUAAGCUGGUUACAGGAACCGCCAUAGCGUGGUUGCUGUCGCACGUUGGGUUAGACUUAACUGAGUCUCGGUCAAAUGGAUGGACGACUCAGAGGCAGUAUGUUGGGGUCAUCAAUGACAAGUCGGAUGAUUUUACUCACUCAUCCAGCCAGGAGUUGGAUCUUUAUGAUUUAAUUGGAACUCUGUUCCUAACCAAAGUAGUCUGCUUGUAAGACGUGCCUCAGCCAAUUACAAGUACGGUGAAAAGGUGUCCUGGUCCGAUUGUAGUAAUAUUGUUCGCCCAACACCAGACCAAGAGCUGAGAGCCCGGCUCAUCAGUUGGAACUAUGUUCCUACCUAAAUAGUUGUCUUGUGGAGUAAUGCCCAAGCGGAACGCAAAAUAAUGAAAUAUGGAUCUUGGC